AUGGCCCUCGCCACAACAACCGGCCUGGCCGCCGCAAAGGACAUCAACUGCGGCGGCAGCUUCUUCUGCAACCUCGGAUCCGCCCCAGGAAUCCGCAACGACCUGAUCAAACAAAUCCUGAACCACGUGCAGGGCCGCGACGACGGCGAGGAGUUCGGCGAGCACGAGUACAUCGACUGCCAGGACCAGAUGUGUGCCUUUUUCGAGGAGAUCGGCGACGAUCAGAAGAAGAGCAUGUUUGAUGCGAAGUGGGGGCUGCAGGCGCUCCUUGAUCAUGGGUGUAAUACUUGCGGUGGUGUCCCGAUUAACCCGGAUAGUCAUGAUGUUGGGGAGGGGAAGUUGAAGGUGGACUAUGUUAGUGACUCGCCUUGA